AUGUUUGCGGGGCCGGCGGCGCGGCGGGCGGCGGUGGGCAGCAUCGCGGGUGACGGAGUCGGAGACGGAGGUGAGGGCGUGGAAAAAUGCCCGAAGCAGUCCCGCUCGCCACAUCGGAGCGCGCGGGCCGAGUUCAACACGCUUGCAUGUCUGCACUCAUCUCGCGUCGGGCGCUUAGCGCGGUGCGACUCUGGCGAUGCGCUCGAUGGAGCUCAACGAAGGCGGCGGGCGGGGUGCUGGCGAAGGUAGACCGCUAUGGCAUUCCCCUCGAGCCGACGUGGUCGGUGCAUGAGCUGCUCUCCUCGUACCCGAAGCCGACGCUCUCAGACGCUGCCCUGCGUCGACUGCACGAUCUCUCCGCUCUCUUACCACCAGAGGAGGGCACAGAGGAACACAAACGCAUCAAGCAUGAGCUAGAGGAACUCAUACGGCUCGUCGAAGCAGUCAAGCUCGUCGACACUGCUGGAGUAGAAGUUACUCAGCGACCAGAUACCUCUGCGGACGCGCCCCCAGUGUUUCUCAGCGACGAACCGUCGGGGAGGGAACUUUUGAAGCAUGCAGAGAAAACGGAGGAUGGCUUCUAUGUCAUCGAUGCAAACCGCAGACGUUGACCGACAUUUAGCAUUAUGUCGUGUUUUCGAGGCUCAAGUAUACAUAUAAAUAUAUGGUUCCAUUCCGCAACUUGCGUGCAAUACUGUAGCUAAUCUGAUACAGACGUGUGAGGGGUUCAAGAAGAACGAGAUACAGAACAU